GCGCCGGGCGGAAGUGCGCGGCGCGGCCAUGGCGGCUGUGGAUAUCCGAGAUAAUCUCUUGGGAAUUUCCUGGGUUGACAGCUCCUGGAUUCCAAUAUUAAACAAUGGGAGUGUGUUGGACUAUUUCUCAGAGCGAAGUAACCCGUUCUAUGACCGAACAUGUAACAAUGAAGUUGUCAAAAUGCAGCGGAUGACCUUGGACCAUUUGAACCAGAUGGUUGGAGUGGAGUACAUCCUUCUUCAUGCUCAAGAGCCCAUUCUCUUCAUUAUCCGAAAGCAGCAAAGGCAAUCUCCAACACAAGCUAUUCCAUUGGCCGACUACUAUAUUAUUGCUGGAGUGAUUUAUCAGGCACCUGACUUAGGGUCUGUCAUCAACUCCAGAGUUCUCACUGCAGUGCAUGGAAUUCAGUCUGCUUUUGAAGAAGCUAUGUCCUACUGUCGCUAUCACCCAUCCAAGGGCUACUGGUGGCAUUUCAAAGAUCAAGAAGAACGAGAGAAAGCUAAACCAAAAGCCAAGAAGAAAGAAGAACCAAGUUCUAUUUUCCAAAGGCAACGGGUAGAUGCUUUGCUUUUAGACCUAAGACAAAAGUUUCCACCCAGAUUUGUUCAGCAAAAGCCUGGAGAAAAGCCUAUCCCAGUGGAUCAAAUCAAGAAGGAACCAGAACCAGCCCCUGAAGCUGUCAAGCCAGAGGAAAAAGAGACUGUAAAGAAUGCUCAGCAGAGUGCUGGCGCUAAAGGACCACCUGAAAAACGGAUGAGACUCCAGUGAAGGGAGAAGUUGUUACACAUCUGGAUUAGUCAGUACCUGGAAAACAGGAGAUUCUUGCUCCACUUUCUUUAUAUUUAAGCUCUUCCACUGAGACUGACAAUUCAGGGACUGAAGUCCUUGUAACAGCUUUUUCUGUAGAAACCUGUCAUGAAAAUGUUAAUGUCAGGAUGUGAGCUGCCUCAAAGAAGGUGUUUUCAGUCUUCAUCUUAUUUUGAAUGUUGGCUUCUGGGAGUGGUUUUCACAUGGACAUAUUUUGCAGCCUCCUGAAAUCUUUACAAACUCUUGCAUCCCUUGUGUCUUGGUUUCCUAUGUAAAAAGAACAAACCUUUAUAUAAAAAAAAAAAUCUGAAUUCUUGGCAAAUAAAAGUCUUGGCUGCUGGAAUGCUUUUCUUAAAUGCUUACUUUGUUAGUAGCAAAUAUGCCAUAUGUGCUGGCAGCAUUUUUUUGCUUGGAUAUCGGAAUAUAUUGUGUGCUUUUUUGAGGAAGAAAAGUUCAAGUAAAGGAUUUAGGCUGCUAGCUAUAAAUAGCUGUGCCUUUAGUAUGCUUGGGAUACAGAUAAAAGAUUUGAUAACUGGAGGCUCAAAUCCAUGUAAUUAGAUGUCAAACUGCUCUCAGUCUCUAAAUGUUCUUGGGCACUCAUUUUACUUAAUGGCUAAGCUGGUCUUUUAUUAUAAAAGCUAGUGUUCUGUGAGGGAGAUUUAUGAUGACAUAAAACAGGCUAAAAUGUCUUGCUGUUGCACACUCAGUGAAGCUGCUUAUAUUUCUCCUUUUUUCACUGUAACUGAAAUAUAUCAAUUACAUCUCUUCCUCUGUGCUUCUAGCACUUUCUUGCUGCAUCUGAUCACCUUCAUUAGUCAUCUGCCUUUUAGACCUGAGGAGGUAGGGCAGUGGAAGAGAAACAUCACUGACAGCUAUACACUUUGCUAUUUAAACUUGUUGCUUACACAAACCUUUUUUUUUUUCCAGAAAAAUUAUAAGUCAUCCAUUGCAAAGAAAAUGACUAUUGGUUUGGUUUUGUUUUUUCAUUGCAGUAAUGGAGCAAUCCUUAAAAUAGCUUGCCUGCUUUUCACAACUGUUACCUGCUUUCUUAUAGUAAACUAAAACUAAACGAAAAAGGUCUGUACAUAGCAAACAAAAUGUAAAUAGGAAGGAAGACUAAGAUAUGCUUAGAUAGCUGUGUCAAAUUUAUUUUGAGGUUGUAAGAGACUCUUUCUGUUUCAGUAACUUAAUAAACAGCUCUGACUGGAUAGCU